AUGAGCCGCCCGAUUGUCUUGGUGACCGGCGCGAACGGCGGCGUGGGCCUCGGCGUGUGCGAGCGCCUGCUUGUGCAGCUCUCGACGCCGGCGCCCCCAGACAGCACUGCGCUAUAUGGCGGUCGCGAAGAUGCGGCCGGCACGCCGUUUGAUGCCAGCAACGGGUGCACGCUGAUCCUCGCGUGCCGCAACGAGGCAAAAGCGCGUGCGGCGAUCGAGGCGCUCGAGGCGCUGCUACAGAAGCUGCAUGACCAGGUGGACGACGACCUUCCGGAGCGUGUGGGCUCGGCGGCGAGCUCGGCGGUCGACGCCCCGUCAAAGGAUGGCCUGCGCACGCGCCAGUUUACCAAUGACCGCAGCGCCCCGCUGGCCGAGCGCAAUGCGGUUGCGCGCACCGAAUACCGCCGGCGCUUUGCGCGCAACUCGAAAAUCGAGUUUGUCAAACUCGACCUGGCGAGCGUCGCGAGCACCAAAGCGUGCGCGCAGGAAGUGCUGGCGACCUACCCCUACCUCACGCACCUGAUCCUCAACGCGGGCGGCGCGGCGUGGGCCGGCGUCAACUGGCCGCUGGCGUUCUUUGAGAUUAUCACGAACCUGCACCGUGGUGUGACGCGCCCGUCGUACAAGCUGCAGAACCCUAGCGAGACGACCGCCGACGGCUUCGGCUGGGUGUGGGAGAUCAACUGCGGCAUGCACUAUGUGCUCGCGAACGCGCUCGUGCCCCUGAUGCGCAAGUCGCCGUACAAGACGCCGUCGCGCAUCAUCUGGACCGGCUCGCUCGAGGCGAGCCAGCGCGACUACCACCCCGAGGACUUCCAGUGCCUCGACCCCAAGGUGUCGCCGCACGCGUACGAGUCGACCAAGUACCAGUGCGAGCUCGCGGCACUCGGCAUGGACGAGCGUCUCGCGGCGACGCACGAGCACGCGCCCCGCGUCUACACGGCGCACCCCGGCAUUGUCGCGAGCAGCAUCUUUGCCGAGGUCAUCCACGUGGUGCUCCUCUCGCUCAUGAAGCUCGUGUUCUACGUGGCGCGCUGGACCUUUUCGCCGCACCACCCCAUCGACGCGUACAAAGGCGCGAUCGCCGCCUCGUACGUUGCCGUCGCCCCGGCCGAGGACCUCGACUCGACCGCGCGGUACGGCGCGCAGUGCACCUUUUUCGGCCGCGAGUACGUCUAUCCCGGACAGAUCGACGGCUGGCAGGCGACAGAUGGCCCUGCGCGUGUCACGGACCUCGCCCGCGACCUCCUCCGUCGCUACGACGCGGCGCUCAGCGGGGUCCUGUAG